AUGAGCUUCCUUUUCACGGUGUGUGUUUCGUGCGCGAUGUUCGGCCUGUCGCCGGCGAAGAGCAUCCUGAACCGCUACAGCGAAGACCGGAUCAGUCUGAUCGAGGGCGAGCUGGAGAUGCAGCUGGGCAGCGGGCUAACGCUCAGCGACGAGGAAGUGGAGGCCAGUGAGAUUCUGAUGCACUGGAAGCGGACGGAGGUCGACGAGUCGUUCCGCGAUCCGCAAACGUUCAACUUCUCGAAACACUACUUCGCGUAUCGCGACGACAUAUCGAGAUCGAAGGUGUACCAGAUCAUAAGGCGGAUGCCUAAAGGCGCCGUUCUACACGUCCAUAGCUCGUUGAUGCUGAGUGCUGGUGCAUUGUUGGAGCUGACGUACGAGGAUCACUUAUACGUUUGUUAUGUACACGAUGAAUUGAAGUUUCAAUUCUCGAGCGACACGCCCCAAAGACCUUGUCCUGUUGAAUGGCAACUUCUCAGCGAGCUAAGAAUCUCCGCCGACAACGUGACAGAGUUCGAUUUUAUAUUGAAAUCACAUUUCACCCUCGAUUCACACUUCGGCUGUGACCAAUCUAACGACAUAAACUCGAUCUGGACGAGGUUCGAGAAGGUCACUAGCACUAUAGCCGAUCUAAUCGCGUACAGACCGGUGAGGGAAAAAUUCUUUUACCGAGCCCUGAAUGAGUUCUACAACGACAACAUACAGUACAUAGAAAUCAGAAGCGGCCUACACAGUCUCUACGAGUUGAACGGCACCGUACACGACAGAUUAUUCAUGCCGAGAUUGUACAGUCGAGUGACGGAGCGAUUUAAACAAGCGUAUCCGGACUUCGUCGGCGUCAAGUUGAUUGUGACCAGGCACAGAUUGAAGUCGGACGAGCAAUUAUGGCGGGCCGUGGAUAUGGCGCGUCAAAUCAAAAGGGAGAUGCCGGAGUUCUAUGCGGGCUUCGAUCUCGUCGGGCAGGAGGACUUGGGGAGGCCGUUGGCAGAUAUGCUGCCCCUGUUGACGCACGCGCGCGAAGACCUGCGGUACUACUUCCACGCGGGCGAGAGUAACUGGUACGGAACGGCGACCGACGAGAACCUUUUCGACGCCGUACUGCUGGGCUCAAAGCGUAUAGGGCACGCGUACGCGCUGACAAAGCACCCGUCGCUUAUGGUGGCGGUGAAGCAGAAGGACAUCGCGUUGGAGGUCAACGUGGUGUCGAAUGUCGUGCUGUCAUUGGUCCACGAUGUGAGGAACCACCCGCUGGCGACGUAUUUAGCGUUCGGCCUGCCGGUUGUGCUAUCCAGCGACGACCCAGGCGUGUGGGGCGCGGACCCCCUAUCUCACGACUUCUACAUAACCUUCGUUGGCAUCGCGAGCCGGCGUGCCGACUUGCGCCUCCUCAAACAGCUGGCGAUGAACUCUAUAAAUUACAGCACGUUAGAAGGGGACAGCAAAACGACACUGCUCAACCUGUUCCACUGCAAAUGGGACGUGUUUAUCAAGCAGUUGAUUGCAACGAGUACGUCGUUA